AUGAAUCAAGCGCGUGCGGUCUUUCUGUGCAACGAAGCGACGCGGCGAUGGCUUGUUAAAGACGAGUUAAUGUUCCUUUUGUUGCACUACAAGACAGUGACCGUCCCGCUGCUCCGCUCGGUGCAGUUUCGACCACCAAGUGGCACUUUGUUGUUCUACAAUACACUGGAUGUAUCGGAAUACAAGAAAGAUGGCUGGCACUGGCAGAAGCGCAAAGACAAGAGUGGACGGGUUCGUGAGGACCGAGCAAAGCUAGUGAUUAACCGAGAGGUCAUUGUCCUGGGAACAUAUGUGCAUUCCGCCGAGAUUUCUACGUUUCAUCGAAGAAUCUAUUACAUGAGGGACUCUAUGAAGAACAUUGUGCUUGUUCACUACUUAGACGAGAUGAACAAGGGAUGCGUGGGAUGUCCAGUGUCGACACAUGUAACCAAGACGCGGAACGAAAUAAAUCGGUCGUUAUCCGUUUCUGCAGUAUCAAUGCCACCAUCUCAGCGGCAGUAUUCACAAAAACUUGUGUCGUCCGACAAAACAGAAGGGUCUAUCAUGAAUGGCUGCCUUGGUGUGGACCUAGGGUCCCGAACGACGAUAUGGCGGACUGCGUCGAUGGACUCUUCUGAUGCGAUUUCUCCAUCGCUGAAGGGGGACAGCAUGGACGGAACCAACACAGGACUUUGUGCAGACGAACAAACAAAUGACCCGAAUAGCCUCAUUGCUUUAGGAGAGCGCAACUCUGGCUCGAAAGGCCGGCGCACCUUCAGGCUGGCUGAAAUUUCUGAUUUCUCACCCGACUGGGACUUCGAAGAUGGUGGGGCCAAGGUCUUAAUCUGCCUUGCAGCUAGUCUUCCAAAGAGUGUGGCACACGAUACCAUGAAUUUGUUUGUGCAGUUUGGUACCAAACGAACUCGCGCAGAAAUAGUCUCGGAUACAGUCUUACGUUGCAUCGUUCCUAGUUGCACAAAUCCUGGUAGUGUUCACAUGUACGUGUGUCACUGGCGUGAAGCACUGCAACAGGAAGCUUUCCAACUGUCGCAGCAAAAAAAGUUCACCUACCGAAGUUACCGCUGGGCGUCCCCAUCACUGGUGGACCAAGUAGCUAAAGAUGAACAGGCUAUUGACCUUUCCGAAGCGUCAGUUUCUCGUGCUGUACACAGCGCCUCCGGCAUGGGCAAGCGAAGCCGAACUCGUGCUGUUCAUUCCUCUGCCGGUGAUGAAUGCGUACGGCCGCUGAACAAUGUUUUAGGAUCGAAUCGAUCAUUGUCGACAUAUGUCGAGUCGGAUUUGGACGAACGACAGUGCAAGAUCCGAGUUGUCGAACGAUUGUCCGAGUUCCACCAAGUGAUACAGACCAAACCAGUGGAGUCUGCAGUCGGGACUAUCGAUUCUGGUGUCCCAGACAGAUAUAGCGGUGAGGAAGGCAUAUUUGCAGAUGCGAGAGGUGGAUCAACUCUACGGAGUGAACAACCUUCUGGAAGGGCGUGUUUAUCGUCCUGUCGAGAACAGAUCUCGAGUGAGCAGGUUCCUCAGUCAAGCUUACGUGUUGGACCGCCAGUCUCGUCAACUUCUUUUGGCGCAACAUCGACUUCGUUGGACGACUGUACAAUUGAAGCACUGAGCGACAAGGAGUUGGAGCAGCUGUCCGAAAAACUACUCGAGCGUGUCGUACGUCAGCUUGUAACAGUUGCAUACACAAGUGAAGAGCUGCUGGAAGAGCUUAACUCGCUAGAUGAGGCUGGUUUAAGCUUACUACACUACGUGAGCUUUUACAAUUACUCUCAAUUGGUGCUUCUUCUGCUUGCUCACGGCGCACAGAUCAACCAGCAAAGUACCCAGGGGCAAACAGCGCUUCACUUGGCAGCAGGGUGUGGCCAUGAUGAAGUGGUCGAUGUACUGCAGCAGUCUGGGGUCGAUUUACAAGUCCUCGAUUUCGAGGGCUUAACUGCUGCUGAUCGUGCUGAUAAAUCCGGUCACGCGGAUGUUGCAGCCAAACUGUAUCGCUGCAUGGGAGAUGGUACUCCCAUCGACGCGAGUGUCGUCGACGAAGUAUACGGAACGCUGAUGGAGAUAGAUGGCAUAUCGACACCCUACAUGGAUGCAGGAGACAUGGGCCUCUUGGAGGGCAUUGAAGACACCGAAUUUUCCGUGGGACCACCUCAUGUGUACCCGAAUAGCUGCAAGAGUCCUUACGGAGCAAGCUUACCGUCGAAAACGGUCUCGCGCAUGGGAGAAACGCAGGAACACAACCGUAAGCUUCUGCUCGGGGCUUUUUCCACGAUGAGCUUACAUGACAAGUGCGCUUUAUCGCUGAGCAUUUCACGAGAAUCGGCGGGCCACGCGGCAUGGCGCCAUGAAAGUAUUGCGGAGGAAGACCCUUUGAUCUCUUCCAGCGCUAGCAGCUCAGAGGUAUCGGCGGGCUUUGGCCUUUCCCCGGCAAAUAUGGCUGGCAUGGAUGCUGCUGACCUUGCUGACGGUCACUUCGUCCUACCCGGCACUCAAAAGGAUUCGGAUGUUCAGAGUGUCAUUGCUGAAGACGAGGAAGGUUUAAACAAGCUUCAAGCAGCUAUGGAACUCAUGGGCCCGGAAGAAAGACAAUUGCUGGAAGACGAGGUGAAAGUGCUGCAGCACGGUGUACGCGCGUGGUUGCUCAAGCGGAAUUGCAAGAACAUGCGUGAGGCGACCAUCCAGCUUCGUGAAGCCACGCAAAGUAUCGAACAGCAAGAAGACACGGAGCACGUUCCUACAGAGACAAACAAGCGGUCAGAACGUGAGCGAGCCGCCAUAACUGUCCAGGCCGCGACGCGGACCAUGUUGGCCAGACGUAGUUUCCUGCAAACUAAGCACGUCGCAAUAAAGCUGCAAGCCGCUACACGCGGGGUGCUUUGUCGCAAGAAUUUUGCUCGCAUGAAGGCACAUGCUCUAGCGUCGCUUGUUAUCCAGCGCAACGUUCGUGAGUGGUGGAACAAGCAGCCGACUGCAUCACGACCAGGAGUUCUCGACAACAAAGCAGGCAACGCAGAAGAAAAUGAAGACGACACCAAAGCCGAAAGCCAUCGAGCGCACCUGACGCACAUGAACGAGCGUUGUGCAAUGAGUUGUGCCACAAUGUGUAACCGCAGCACAAUCCGAACAAUGUAG